AUGGCCGGCUCCGCUCUCGCCAACACCUACACCCGCUCUGACAACGUCGUCGGUGACGGCUUCUUCGACUUCUUCUCCUGGGAGAACAUCGCCGACCCCACCACCGGCCGUGUCGUCUACCUCGACCAGGCCACUGCCAAGACCGACAACCUGUCGUACACCAAGGGCAACUCGUUCGUCAUUGCCGCUGACUCGACCACCACCCUCUCUGCCUCCGGCCCUGGACGUAACUCUAUUCGCAUCAAGUCGAACAAGACUUACAAGACCCACGUCGUCAUCUUCGACGUUGCGCACAUGCCCGAGGGCUGCGGUACCUGGCCCGCUCUCUGGGAGACCAACGAGUCCACCUGGCCCAACGGCGGCGAGAUCGACAUCGUCGAGGGCGUGAACAACAAGGGCCCUAACCAGUCGACGAUCCACGCCGGCCCCAACUGCGCUAUCCCCGCCUCGGGCGGCCCGCAGAUCCUCGGCACGAUUGCGACCACGGACUGCAACUCGAACGACAACGGCAACGCCGGCUGUGGCAUCACGUACAACUACGACCCGAACUCGAUCUUCUCCGGGUUCAACAGCGUCGGUGGCGGCUUCUACGCCAUGGAGCGCACCGACACCCAGAUCAACGUCUGGUUCUGGGAGCGCAGCGCCUCGGGCAUCCCCGCAGGCGUCUCCUCGCCCGGCGACAGCAUCGACACCUCCAACUGGGGUACCCCCGCUGCCGCGUUCCCCAGCACGUCGUGCGACUUCUCGUCGUUCACGGACCACAACAUCAUCGCGAACAUCGACUUCUGCGGUGCCUGGGCCGGCUCGGCCGACGUGUACUCGGCGUCGGGCUGCCCGUCUACCUGCGUUGACUACGUCAACAACAACCCGUCCGCGUUCACGAACGCGUUCUUCGAGUUCAACGCGAUCAACGUCUACCAGUAA